UUAAAUGCCGUUAGUCUGCAGAAAAAAAUCCCCCACUACUUGGUGAUGAGCUUCACCGAAGCGCUCUGAAGUCUGAACAAACGGAGACUUUGCAGAGUUUCUGAUACCAUGUCCCAGUUGCUCUUUCAACAUUUUCCGAGAUAACGUUGGCUCUACAUAAUGGUCAAACUCAGCUUCCUUGCAGUUGCUUCAUUUGCAACUUUUGCUGUUUCUCGGGUAAACACCAAACCCACCAAGAAUCAAAACACUGCUUCCAACCCACCAGAGGUAAAUGUCUCAAACUUCCAACAAAAACAGAGUGAAAAAAAGGAGGAAGAGGAAGCAGCAAAUCUGAUUAGAACCAAAAUGCUGAACAAUGUGAAAGAAACAGAAAAGUUAAGUAAAUUAGCAAAGGAAUUGGAGCAGAGGAAAGUAACCCUUGAAAGGAAACUCCACGAAUUACACGGUCUCAAAGAAAAGCAAUCAACCAAAAUUCAGUUGCAAAUUCCACUAGAAGAGAAGUCAGAAGAAAUUUCUAUGCUCACAGAUAGACUUGCAUCUCUGCAGGCUGAGAGGAAGAAUCUCAAAGAAGAAAUCAAAGAAGGUAUUUUGGCAAAGAAGCAGCUUGAAAUGGCAGAGAAUAAGAUAGUAGAAAUGCAGAAGAAGAUGGAUGGAAAUGCGAAGGAUAUCAAGGGAAAAUUACUCAUGAUUGAAGGACAAGUUUUUGGGUUUCAAAAGGAUGACACUUCUGUUAGAGAUUUUCUGUUGGAGAAGCAGCUGAGAGAUGCUAGAAAUGCUGAGUUAGAAGUUGUGGAGAUGAAAAGGAGGAACAAAGAGAUUGAGUUGGAAAAGAGGGAUUUAUCACUUAAGCUGUUUGCUGCUCAAGCCAGAAUCAGUUCUCUUUCCAACAUGACAGAGGGUAAGAUUGUAGCCAAGAUUGAAGAAGAGAGGAGGAUGCUAAGGCAUGUAAAUGAAGAAAUGUCGAGACAAAUAGAAUAUUUGCAGAAGAACAGAUUUGACAUGGUCCAAGAACUUGUGUACCAGCGCUGGCUACAAUGUUGCUUAAGAUUUGAAAUCCAGAAAAUAAGGAACCUACCAAGACAGACUUCAAAACCAAAACUCAGCAAAACUCCAUGCCCCAAUGCUCAUGUUGAUGAAAUGGAGCCACUGGUUUUAGAUUCCAGUUCUGACACAUUUUCUACUGACGAAAGUGAUGAAGUUGAUGGUAUUAAUACCACCAUUGAAAGCUCUUCAAGUAGCCAAAAAAGUACAAACUGUACAAGUCCUACGAGUUUGGAGCAUAAUAAUAUUAGGAGAUGGGAAAAAAUAAAGGAUGGUUCAAAUGCUGGUUUAUUUGCAAAUACUGAUAGAAACCACAGCCUUUCCAUACCAACAAUGCUAAUGAAUUGCAAUGAAAUUACCGAAGAACCAAACACCUUUCCAAGAGUGAGGAGGGUUUCAUUCAAUGACUUGGUCAAAGCAGAUAAACCAAAGUCAGAUGAAAUGGAAGUAGGAGGUGAGAAAGCAAGCCAGAGCUCUAGUAGUAAGAUGAACUCAAGAUGCUUUAAGUUUAGCAGAGAUGGUUUAGAAGGAAAGGAAAAUAACACUUUUGCCCUUCUAAGUGAAUCGAGCUUGGAACCCAUUAAUGGUGGUGGUAGCAGGAUUGAGAAGGAUAUUAUAAGCAGCAAAGAGAGGUCAAACCAAAGGAUGCCUGAUGAACUUCCUGACAUGAUAAACAAGGUUGAGAUGGUCAAUUUUGUUACAUCAUUGUUCUUGUUCCUUUUCAUUUUCCUUAUUUAUAUCUUGCAUAUUCACAAAGCUUGGCUGUAGAUUUGGCUAGUAAUCAAAGUUCAGUAUCUCAUGGUGAUUGCAAUGUAAUAAUAAAAUAAAACCCCAUAUGAUGUUGUUUAUAUGUGAAAUUUGAAUACUUUUCCGAGUUAUACAAA